CUCCACCAACUUCAGCACUUAGCAUCACACAAUGUCGUCGGCUCUUGCAGGACCCUCGUCGUCCAAGAAGACCAAGUCGUCCAAGUCCAAGACGCCCGCACGCGUGCCGACGCCACCAAGCGAGUCGGACAACGAGUCGGUCGCCAGCGCCGACAGCGAGGACAUUGACGACGAUGCGCCUGUGAGCGCGCCGGCGGCGGCGUCGAGCUCCAAGCGCACAACGGCCGACACCUCGAGGGGAAGAUCACUUGCUCGCUACCAGCCCCCAGCGGGAAUGGAGCCCGUCAACGUCUCGGUAGCGUUCGGGUCGUCGCCAUUCGAGUUUGGCUCGCUGGCGCGCAAGGCCGGCGUGGAGCUGUGGGCGAUCCGCGUGCCGUCUGAUUUCAAGACGUCGCGCCUGGCCAACCUCUCGCUCCAGACGCCGGGGGACAGCGUGCGCGGCGAGCUGACCUCGCACGGCAAGACGUACGCCCUUGGCGCGGACACGGACAGCGCGGGCGCCGAGAUGGCGGGCCUCACGCUCCUCGUGCCCAACGUGUCGGCCGGUGGCAAGCUCCAGCGCGCGCCAGUCAAGAUCAGCCGCAGGCUCAUCCUCUCGCCCGGCGGCGCGGGCGGCGACAAGGCCGACGAGGCGACAGACGAGUACGUCGCGCCGGCCAAGGCCAAGCGCGUCCAGCCAGAGCACCUGCUCAAGUUCCGUAACCGCGUGUCUGGGUUCGACACGCCCGGACCUGCGGCAAGCGGCGAGUCGAGCGAGGUGGCCGCUGCGCCGGCUGAGGUGUUGGCGAGUCCCAAGAAGAGCAAGGACAAGGACGGCAAGGACAAGGAUGGCAAGCGCAAGAAGCGCAAGAGCGGGGCCGACGAGGCGUCGCCGUCCAAGAAGAAGAAGAAGACGGCGGACGAGUAGGCGGCGGGCGGUAGACGUAGGGCGGUUUAUCAUCGCAUGAGGGGGUGGAUACAUAGAGGGCUAUGGACUUCAUACCACGG